GUUUUCGCUUUAUAUGGGUUUGCCUUGGUUUCUUUGGUGGUAAUCAUCCAAUUCCUUGUUUCUUUUUUUCACUUACAAAAACCCUGUUUGGUGUUUGAUCCUGGAAGAAGGCAGGAGAUGACAGGCGUCCUGGAGAAUGGGAGGGUUACCCUGGAAGAGCUCAAGGAGAAAAUGGCUGAGUUUGCCAGGGAAAGGGACUGGGAUCAGUUUCACAGCCCUAGGAAUCUCCUGUUGGCCCUGGUAGGAGAAGUGGGGGAAUUGUCUGAGAUAUUUCAGUGGAAAGGAGAGGUACCAAGAGGACUUCCUGAUUGGAAAGAUGAAGAGAAACAACACCUGGGUGAGGAGCUAUCAGAUGUGUUGCUAUACCUUGUUAGGCUUUCUGAUAUAUGUGGUGUUGAUCUUGGUAAUGCUGCUUUGAGAAAGAUGGAGAUGAAUGCCAUUAAAUACCCAGUCAAGCUCUGCAAAGGGUCUUCCAAAAAGCACACGCAAAUCAAUGUGGAUAACAGCAAUGUUAAUGGUGAAAGUGGGGGUGCUGCUACCGAUCAGGGCAUUAACAGUUACAUCAAGAGUACUAGCGCAGGUGAUGAUGUUUGAUGUGGCUAGGAUUUUAUUGUUGCCACUAGACUGAGACUGGAAUGCAUGGAUUCUUAGCCAUUUCUCUCUCAUUGAUAUUUGAAUGGUUAAUUAAUCUCAUCUCAUAUGUAAGGGCUUUAGUUAUUAACCUUAUUUCAUCUCAUGUUAUUGGAAUGAUUAAUCUCAUUUCAUAUAUUAGUAAAUGACUUUAUAAUUUUGUUCUGUUGGUCCCUCUCUCUAUCCGAAGUAUGAUUUGGUGGGGCAACAGGAUCUGGUGAAGAGUUUUAAGACUAUAAUAUAUAUUUAUUUAUAUAGAGGGGUUGGUUUUUUCUUUUGCAUGAGCACAAUCUGGGGUGGCGUGCCACUAUUGCUUGGAGAUAGUAGUAGCAAAAUAGUU